AUGUCCCCCACCCCCCCCCGCUCGGACCGGCUUCAGUCCCGGUCCGUGUCCACCGAAUCUCCGGCCCCCGAAACGAAGUCUGAGACAGAAACGGCCUCCGGUUCCAUUGACGAUGCGAUGCUUGACUGGGCAGGCCAGGUCAAAGCCCUCUACUCGUCUUCCGAGCCGAACAACAUUCGGGAGUACCUGAGGAUAUGGGACGCCCAAAACCCGGGUCGCCCUACGGUUAUUCCCAGCGACGAACCCACCGAUGGCAGAGUCGGCAAUGUCUUGACCAAGAACCGGGGCGAAAUGAAGUUUAGCGUGGAUGUGCCUACCCCGGACGACGAGGCCACAAGGCUGCACUUUGACGCCGACGACAUGGUCGACUUGAGCCAGAGGGGCUCUGUUCUUAACGCAGGAGAUCUUGUCGAGGUCAGCUCAACGACGUGGGGGCUCCGCCUCUUGGCUGUUUGCUUGGGUCUCUUCGAAGGCCACUACCAUUUCUACACCAGCAAUGGCAAGUGGUUCACAAGCCAGACCAUCCGCACCGGCUUCGUCGUCAAGAACUUCAUAGAUGACCCCGCCGAUCUGCGCGCUGUUGUGGAUGCCCUUCCCUCGCUGUCGCCCUCCGCCAUGGAGCUUAACGAGCUCCACGUCCUCAAAACCGGUCCCUCUCGCGAUGUUGCGGCCCCGCUGAUCCACAAGAUGCACAAGUUUCAUAUCGCCUCGCGCGAGAUUAGCCAGACCUAUGUCGAGAGGCUCAGUCGCGUCCCUAAGUCGUUUGGAGAAAAGGAGAGGAUACUCAGCCUGCGAGAGAUUGCCAACGCUCUGCUUCCUGCCAACCUCAAGCGGAACAAGGGGGUCUUUCCCCCGGAGGCCAUGUACGCCGUCUAUUCUGCCAUUGAGGCCAAAGAGGUCUCCCUCCGCCCUCUAGACCGAGGCGCCCGACAUCACGAAUCCUACAUGUUUGCCCUCCAGUCGGCCAAAGUGCAGCAGAACGUCGCCCAAAUCGAGCAACUGGUUCGUGGUUAUUACGAACAUAUUAGUGGCCAGAGCGAAAAGGUCAAAGGCCGUUCCGCCUCAACCUUCUCCGAGUUCAGCGCUUUUCUGGAGCAGGCUCGCGACAUGAUUGAUCAGGUUCGGAAAGAUCGUGAGUGGUCGCCACAUGGUAUGAUAGGGCCGUCGAAUAAGCGCGGUCCGGGUCCGUCUGCGCGAGAUAUCCCCGCCUGGACGGAAACCAGUCUCGCCGUCAUCGAAUUUAUAGAGCAUUGGGCGGCAUCGGGCGGGUUCCGUACUGGCUCGCGUUACGACUGGAUUGGGCCCUCUAUCCUGCGGGCUAUUCGCCGCUAUGACGACGCAAUCCUCGACAAUACUACCGGUUGGACCUUUCUGCAGGAAAUAGGUUGGAUUCCACCAUGGGACGUCAGCGCCCGCCAUCUUCUGCGCCUUCCGGAGCAAAAACUCGACCGACACAUUGGUCUUCUGCCGGACACGAAAUCCAAAGCCGCAGUUGCCGAGCUUGGUCCAGACCUCCUCGCUGAGCUUCGGCAGGAUUUCGCUCGCUUGACCGUUUACUGCAUAGACUCGGCCGACACACUCGACGUUGACGACGGAAUCUCACUGGAGCCCGUGGGCAACGGGGAGUAUUGGAUCCAUAUCCACGUCGCUGAUCCAGCUUCACGCAUCCCCCCAAGCCAUGAGCUUGCCAAGCAGGGGGCGUUGAAGGCACAGACCAGUUAUCUGGCCGGCUUUUGCCAACGCAUGCUCGACCGGGACGACGUCCGAGACACUUUUUCACUCGGCCCCAACCAGUCUACCCUCACCUUCAGUGCCCGAGUCGACGAUACGGGCCGCAUACUUGAUAGCAAGGUGACACCCGGAAUUAUGCGAGAUGUCGUCUACAUCACCCCCGAGGACGUGUCCUCAGUGGUAGGUGAUGCUGGUGCGUCAGCUUUGCGCCCAGAUGUUCUCGAAGUCGGGCCACGUCCGGCAAAGGAUACUCCCCCGGUGAGGAGGAUGACCACCCCCAAGGAAUUGUCAAGCGAGCAAACGAACGAACUCAUGACGUUAUCGAAACUGGCCCAGGCUAUUCAUCGCGUUCGCCUCGACAAUGGAGCCACCCCCGCUUUCCUACCCAAGCCCAAAGCCUCGGUCUCCUUAGAUGGCGUUGCUCGAGGAGCAACCAACGGAAACUCGGCAUUCUACGGCGGGGACCCGUACAUUCGUGUCGAAUACAGCGGCCAGGGCAGCCCUCUGGUCAGCAGCCUGAUGCAGCUAGCCGGCGAAAUUGGCGCUCGGUGGUGCUACGAGCGGGAAAUCCCCAUCCCCUACCGCACGCAGCUGCUGGCUGGCCAGAACUCAGAAGAGUUGAGGACGUUCACCCGGGAUGUCUUCUACCCCCAGCUGAUGGCUGGUAAGAACCCGCCAGCCGAAGAGUGGAAUAAGCUGCGCAGCCUCGUGGGUGGCUACGACAUCUCAACCACCCCGGCUCCCAACCCGGCAAUGGGCUUGGAUCUCUACACCAAAGUAACCUCCCCGCUCCGCCGCUAUCCCGAUCUGCUCGUGCACUGGCAGAUCGAGGCCGCUCUACGGGAAGAGCACCGCCUCGGCAAGUCUCUCGCCGCCAGAAAAUUCGGGGCCGACAGCACCGUCAACGAGGUCACCGCUCCGCCGGCCGGCGAUAAGACAUCAAAGAAGGAAGCCCUCGCCUUCCUUCCCUUCUCCAAAAAACAGCUCGACGAGAGCGUGCUGCCGCGCCUGCGCCUCCGCGAGCGCCACGGCAAGCUGAUCGACAACGUCGAAGGCAAUAACCAGUGGAUCCUGCAGGCGCUGGUGCGCGCGUGGCGCUUUGGCGAGAGCAGCUCGCCCGCGUCGUCGCCGCUGCCCAAGACGUUCCGCUUUACCGUCUCGGAUAUCAGCGCCAGCCGCGUCAUUAGGGGGGCGAUUGACUGGUUCGACCAGUCGGCUGUCGUGGAGCUGGGGGGGCUGGGGGGCGUCGCGAGGAUCAGCGAGGUGAAGCCGGGGGAUAUGUUCGAGGUGGAGCUGGCGGAUGUGAAUGUGCAUGCGAACAAAAUCUAUGUGAGGCUUUUGAAGAGGAUCUAG